AGGAAAGAACACGCUGAGAGAGAGACGAGACCUCACCGCACGGGCAGCCACGUCGUGCUUCCGUGCACGCACACGGCAUACGACAGCGCCAUCCCUCCAUAAAAGGAUCCGGCGCAGCGCCACCGCCGGAUCCGACGGCCUCCGAGGCGGGGCCGAACCGCCGAGGUAGCCAAGACAACACGAGCAACGAAACGCCAUCCCUGCCGGAUUAGUGAGUCUGCUCUAGUCCCGACUCUGCUCCAGCUCCGGGCCGCCGCCGAGAUGGGCGCAGAUGGCGGGCUGAACCGGGCGGCGGAGAAGCCCCGGGAUGGGGAGGGCGGGGAAGCGAGGGUGUUCCGGUGCACGGACUACUCGCUGCCGCGGACGACGCUGGCGCUGACGCUCUGGCUGGGCGGCAUCCACUUCAACGUCCUUCUUGUUCUUGCGUCGCUCUUCCUCCUCUCCCGCCGCGCCGCUGCCAUAGUGGUGGCGUUCCAGCUCUUCUUCAUGUUCGCGCCCGUCAACGACAGGGACAAAUGGGGCCGGAGCGUCGCCAGGUUCAUAUGCAGACACGCAAUGGGCUACUUCCCUAUCAGUCUGCAUGUGGAGGACUACAAGUCCUUCGAUCCCAGCAGGGCUUACGUGUUUGGUUAUGAGCCGCACUCAGUGCUGCCGAUAGGUCUGUCAGCUCUUGCUGAUCUUGUUGGGUUUAUGCCUCUCACUAAGAUCAAGAUCCUUGCGAGCAGUGCGGUGUUCUACACCCCAUUCUUGAGACAGAUUUGGACGUGGCUUGGAUUGGUACCUGCGACAAGGAAGAAUUUCUACUACUACCUUGGAGCUGGUUAUAGUUGUAUGGUAGUCCCUGGUGGUGUACGGGAAAUGCUUCACAUGAACAAUGAUUCAGAGGUUGCAUUUCUUAAAACAAGAAAAGGGUUUGUCAAGAUAGCUAUGCAGUCCGGAUGCCCUUUAGUCCCAGUUUUCUGCUUUGGGCAGAGCUAUGCAUACAAGUGGUGGCGGCCAGGUGGCAAAUUGUUUAUCAAGAUUGCUAGAGCAGUUAAAUUUACUCCUAUUAUCUUCUGGGGUAGAUUUGGAGAAAUUUUCAUGGUCUACUGGCAUUUCAAUGCAGCACACCAUUCCCCUUCCCAAGACCCAUGCAUGUGGUCGUGGGUAAACCUAUUGAAGUCAAUAAGAAUCCCCAGCCCACGAUUGAUGAGAUUAAUGAAGUGCAUGAACAGUUCAUCAUUGCCCUGCGGGACCUGUUUGAGAAGUAUAAGGGGAAAGCUGGAUAUCCUGGCCUUCAUCUAAGAGUCCUAUGACAUUCCAGCACCAGACUCAAAGUUAGGAUUCAGCAAUAACAUGGCUCUAUUGCUCCUCCCUCAACUGAAGUGUCAAACUGCACUUCGCAGGCACUCAGGCAGUAGUUGCGACAUUGUGGUGAUGAUAAUAAGGCUCCAGCUCUGAUGCCAAAACAUGCACGAGUUGCUCACGAUUCAGAGCCCUUGCUUUACUUUUUUUUUACUGUUGCUUGCUUAACUUUGGUGGCUGAAAUGGGUAUGCAAAGAUAGGUAAUUUAAAUACUGGUUAUGCGAUGUUGCAUAUGAGAAUAUGAACAUUGGUGAGAUAUAAGCUCCUGUAUUUGCAGCUGUGUCAUCAGUGUAUGAAUCACUAGGAAGUUGCUGAUAUUGGGCAGCCUGUGUACCUGCAGUUGUGUCAUUGUCUGAAAAACUUUCAGAUAUAUUAGAACCCCUACAAGCCCAUUUGGUUUAUUAUAUUUUUGUCCCUUUUUCUGGGCUUAUUGUCA